AUGUUCGGUCAUUCAGCCGGCUUUUGGACCCGCAUUGCUGGGUUGCUUGCAAGAUUAAAAGCGUGUGGGAUGGGAAGGAGAUCCCGUUGGCCGGCCUCAAGGGUGCUCUGGAACUGCGACUUGGGUGCACGGGUCAAAUGGGAUGGCGAAGAUCUUGGUGAAAGUGACCCUCAUGUGCGAGUCUAUGGAUAUAGUUUCUGA